UGUGCUCGUAGGCGAUUGGGUGGGCCGUGCUCACAGCCGAAGGGGGCAGGAUUAGCCAGUGAGAGGGGUGGAGAGGUACGUGAGGUUAUAAAAAGCUGGGUGAUCAUAAACAAGCACCUUCCCCACGAAAAACACCACCAGGACUGUACGGUCGACAUCUGCGGCUUUGAAGCAGAGGGUCAAACAACGGCGUCAAGACUGGAGCCUUAAAGAAAAUAACGGGGGUUCCCGUUUAAAACAACCACAGUCAUCCACCCACCGCCGUAAUCUGCAUUGAUUCUGAAACGGGCCACUGUUUUGGAAUUAACUGCAAAUUGCCAUACAUCUCGACUACCGCUUACACCGCUACAGACCCGAAGCGUGUUGCCCCUUAUCCAGGACAAAAUGGUGCAAAACAAGAUCACAGAAGUAACUGGAUUCCAUCGGUCAUUCAAGGGCCAAAACCCCUUUGAAUCCGAUGAGUUCUCCAAAACAGGAUCCCAUCUCAUUGAUUCGACCUUCAAUUUUGACUGCUCUGCCCGACCUGACAUGCCAUCCAGCCAGCCAAUCGAUAUACCAGAUGCCAAGAAGAGAAACAAGAAGAAAAAGAGGUGCCGGGCAACUGAUAGCUUCUCUGGACGCUUUGAGGAUGUGUACAGACUCCAGGAAGAGAUUCUAGGAGAAGGUGCAUAUGCUCGUGUCCAGACCUGCAUCAGCCAAAUUACCAACAAGGAAUAUGCUGUCAAGAUCAUUGAGAAAAGACCUGGACACAGUCGCAGCAGAGUGUUCCGGGAAGUUGAGAUGCUCUACCAGUGUCAGGGACACAGAAAUAUACUGGAGCUGGUGGAGUUCUUUGAGGAGGAGGAGAAGUUCUACCUGGUGUUUGAGAAGCUGAGAGGAGGUUCCGUCCUGGCUCAUAUCCAUAAGCGGCGGCACUUCAGCGAGCAGGAGGCCAGCAUUGUGGUGCAGGACAUUGCCAGUGCACUGGAUUUCCUCCAUAAUAAAGGUAAGUCAGUACUGUGUGUGUGUGUGUGUGUGUGUGUCAGUCAGUCACUGGAAAUACAGCUCAGCACAGCUCCGCUCAGCAGUCAAAAGCCAAGAGGAAGCAUUUCCUCUGCAGUCUGCACCAUCUCCAACAGCUCCCUCUCUGUCCAUGACACGCCAUGGGAGUCCUCAAUGUACAGCUGCCUUUGCAAAUGGUCUCAGGUACUGAAGCAAAUAACUCAUCCCUCGUUCCCUCUCUCCCUCCAGUGUGGUUCUGCUGAGUACAUGGCUCCUGAAGUGGUGGAGGCCUUCAGUGAGGAGGCCACCAUCUACGACAAGCGCUGUGACCUCUGGAGCCUGGGGGUCAUCCUCUACAUCAUGCUGAGCGGCUACCCGCCCUUCGUGGGCCACUGCGGCAGCGACUGUGGCUGGGAAAUGGGCGAACCGUGCCACGCAUGCCAGAACACCUUGUUUGAGAGCAUUCAGGAGGGGAAGUAUGAGUUCCCCGAGAAGGAAUGGGCCCACAUUUCUCCAAGUGCCAAAGAGCUCAUCUCCAAACUGCUGCUCCGGGACGCCAAGCGCCGCCUCAGCGCCGCUCAGGUCCUCCGCCACCCAUGGGUGCAGGGGGGUGCUAUCCAUACCCCUUCCUCCAUUCUACUGCAGAGGAACAGCAGUGCUAGGGACCUGACCUUCUUUGCGGGGAAGGCGGUAGCCAUGAAUCGUCAGCUGGCAGAGCAGGAGGGUCUGGAGGCGGAGCAGGAGCAGGAGGGGGCGUGUCCCCUGGUGGUGACGGUGGGCUCGGCCUCCGUCCGGCUGACUCCUCCCUCUAACUCCAAGCUGGCGGCGCGGCGGCGCCACAGGAGCAGCCUGCUGAAGGGCGCGCCCGUCUCCGCCUCCGAGCUGCGCCAGCUCCUCGCCCCCCUCGUCAUCAUGGGAGACUGUGCCUGAAACCACCCACCCUGCCCUAAACUGCCACCAACCACCCUGCCCUAAACUGCCCCCAACUACCACCACCCUGCCCAAACCACCCACCCUGCCCUAAACUGCCCCC